UCACAGCAUAACUAGCGGAGAAUCUUUUGGUACACGCGCAGGCCCUGAUUACAAUCGAAACUACAUGAAGACAGCGAUCUAUUAGCAUUGAUUAUAGUUCUUGUCAAGAUUGAACUUUUUGCAUUGACAAAAAUGGAUCAAACACCAGUAGCAGCGAAGGUAAAUUUUGGUGAGGUCAAAGGUGGAUCCCCAUUGCUCGUUCCUUUGCAAUCAUCACCCAUUGUCCGUCCGCCAUAUGCUAGGCCCGAAGGAGCACCACAAAUCCAGGAUUUUAAAGUUAGGCAAUCAGGCGGAGCGGGCCAACAAUUCAUUGCUUUCAAAUCGCCUCAAAAUCCGAACAUCAAACCACAGGUUUACUAUCAACCUGUAACAAAUAUUACGAUGAAUCAAAAUGGAGCCGGCUUGCAGCGACCGCCGAAUCCUGCAAUCCCAUCACAAAACAUGCGUCCAGUAGCUCCACCGAUGGUUAGACCUGGACCCCCUCCUGGUCCGCGUUUGACUGGACCCAUAGGACCCACAACACCCAAUAUGCAGUACCCCAGUUCUCCAAACCCAAGACCUCCAAUUCAACCAUCUCUUACGGCACAACAAACAAUGCAGAGACCACCAAUGCCCCAAAAUAUGCGUCCAAACACGCCCCAACAAGUAAGACCGCCUGCUGUAGGACCACAGAAUAUCAGACCACCAAUUGCACAGCAGAAUGUCGUUACCAACAGUAGUCAGUUUAUCAGACAACCAAUGCCGCAAAUUCGACCCCCCGGUGUUGGACAACCUUCGCCGCAAAUGCCUAAUCCAAACUCCCAGGCAAUUCGUCCAUCGCCUAUUCCUCAGCAAAUAACGAGCAACAGGCCACCAUCUAUGCCAUUUAGAUCUCCUACCCAAAGCAACACUCCUGUGGACCAAUAUGGAUUUGAAACACCAGAUAAUCCAAACCGAACUCAAAUUGAACAUUUGGGCAGAGUAGACAGUCCUAAAGGCUACGUGUCAACGGAUGAUGACGAAGAUGUUGUUAUCGGAAAAAUUACACCACUACCAACAUCGCGAUCCCCAGAAGGUCAAAUCAGUCCAACGGCAAAGAACUCCCCUGCCGUUCCAUUGUACAGGCCAGAUAGUCAAGCCUCUACUCAUUCCAGACCACCGUCUGCUCUAGGAAACUUCCCCAGAUCAUCGGACCUGAGAAAUUCACAACCACCAUCACAAAUGCUACAGUCCAACGAAAUCAUCUACAAAGAAAAGCACUCCACAGACAAGCCGCUGGAUGGUUUGGGUGCAAUGACUAGAAUGAAAACCCCAUCACCGGACGAACCGAGCGCGGAACAUCAAAGAAUUUCCAAUCGAACUCCCUCAAUCGAUAAUUCGUUCAGUUCUAGCAGGUCUGCGGAUUCGGGAUCAACACCAGCGCAAGAGUUUGUCACGACGGGCAGACCACGACCACCGAUUUCCAGCACUCCAAGCACCGAGCGAGUUACCUUUGUUUUGCCUGCCGAAACAAGCGAUAGCACAAGCUCGGAUAUUUUGCGGAAAACACCGGUUCCGCCAAAUUUUCUUAAAAAGCCCGACGCGGAAACGCGUAGCCGAAGCCCUUUUAAGAAUCACCUCACGGUUGGGCGGAGCUUCUCACCCAAUGAUAAUAAAGGCGAUAAUGACAGUGGAGUAGAUGAGUCGACUCAAGAAAAGGAGCGUAAUGGUCCAGGUUCCCCUGGUUCUCCCCUGAAAUCACCGAGUAAAAUACCAGCUUUACGACGACCUGAAAGUAUUACACCGCAGACUCGAUCCAGGAGCACUUCAAAGCAACGACUAACAGCAAAAACGCCCGAAACUCCAACUGAGCCGCUCAUCAAAAAAGUACCAAUGAACAAAAUUCAGGUUGGUGCAACUCCAUCGCCAAAUUUGAAGGUGGUUAAAUCCAAAAUCGGGUCCCUGCAAAAUGCCACCCAUAAACCGGGCGGUGGAAAUGUGAAAAUAGAAACGAAAAAAAUCGAGAUCAAAGCCGCACCAAGGAUUGAAGCGAAAAAUGAUGCCUACGUGCCGAAGGGUGGCGACAAGAAGAUAUUGUCGACCAAACUACAGUGGAAUGCUAGAUCUAAAAUCGGUUCGUUGGAGAAUGCAAGCCAUAGACCGGGUGGUGGCGACAAAAAGAUUGAAACACUAAAAACUGAUUUUAAAGAUCGUGCAAAAUCUAAGGUGGGUUCGAAGGACAACCUUGGAUACCAGCCCGGCGGAGGAGAUGUUAAGCCCGGAAGUGCCGCAAAAGUUGAUCCAAAAAGAAGAGCCAUAGUCAAUCAAAAGCUGGAAAUUAAGGCGGAAAGCAAGGUGGGCUCACUUGAGAACGUCAAGCACAAGCCAGGUGGUGGUGACAUCAAGAUAUUCGACGACAAAGAAUACUUGAAGCAAAUCGAUCAUCCUAUCGCGCCGACACCACCGACUCAGAGUCCAACACCGGACGAUGCCAGCAAUAAAGAUGCCUAUGAUGCAGCAGCUGCACCGCCCACUACUAAUUAAAUAAUCGCCACGCUUUUCGUACACGAUUACUAACAGCAAGCACCAAAACGGUUUUUUCGGAGCACUGUAUGAUUUUUGAUGCAAAUGUAUUUGUAAUCAUUAGCUAGCCGUAGUAUAUUUCGAGUUAACGUGUGUCAUUUUGCAUCAGAUUACAAAAUUUUGUACUAACAAUUUACAUCUUAGGUAGUCCUCAUAUAAGCACAAACCUCAACCCUCUAGCAUCAGGCUACUUAUGCUUCCUUUCAUUUGAAAACUGAACAGAGUACCGGAUAACCGAAAUAUGUGAAAUUUAGCUCGAUUCGAGACGUUGCCUUUCUAACAAAUGUUUUCGGUUGCUUAUAUAGCUAAUAUUCAGAAUGAUCUAAAUAAAUAAUGGUAUUGAAAUAAGGCUAACAUUGCACUGUUAACGCACCAUAAACUCAUGCAGCAUUAGAAAUAUUUUUUUCGUGAUCAUUCAAGUGUUUGCUGAUAAUUGAAAUGUUCGUUAAUUUGGAGGUUAUCAAUAACUAAGAUUUUUGAUUUUUCAAAUUUCUAUUGAAUAAUCAAUGUUAUGAACAUUUGCAUUUUUGUUUCGGAUAAUUCCAAGAGACUGCCAAACGUCCAUGUCUACGCUAGAAGCGUGAACGUGUAUGCGGAAAGGAAACAGCCUGUUGGUUAUUGUGCUACGUGUACAACCUGGGUAGGGUUGCCAGUCCUAUGUAAUAUUUUGAUGAGAAACUAUGUGUACAAGCCCGAGUUCAUGUAUAUUUUAUUUACGAUAGCAAAAAACUGUUCCCAUAAGAAACUGACAACCUUCGUUAUAUUUUUCUUCUGUUUCUCUGAACGGGUUUCUAUCUAGAUGUGGCUCAAUGUUUAAUUUACAGGGUGAAAGUGAUACACUUUAUUUCUGUCAUAAAACUCAUACCAGUUUUCAUUUCUCUUCGGAAUUCAUUUCCAACAUCUAUAAGUAGUAAAAUUACAACGAAUUAGUUUGGUACAAACCUUUCACCUUUGUGAUUGAUAACGGCCCGUAGACGCUUUUCGAAGUCAUUCCAAGCCGCACGUACAACUUCGUUCGGCAUUUCGUCCCAAAUCUUCUCCAAACGUUUUUUUAAUGUGUACAAACUCAAAUGUCUAAUGUCGUUCAACUUUCAUAGCAUGUAUCCCCAGAUACUGAAGUCUAGCGGGUUCAAAUCCGGUGACGAUACAGGCUAUCCAGAUAAACUGAUGAAACAAGGCAAAUUCUGCUUAUACCAUUUCUGAAUGAUCAAUGCCUUAUGCGCUGGUACUAAACUUUGUUGGAAGCAAAACUGUCUUUCUCGAAAAGCAUUUUAGCGCAAGGAUGCAAAUGGCCUUUGAUAACGUGUUGCAAGUAGUUCUCCUUGUUUAUUUUCACACCCCUGUCAAUGAGUAGCAAUGGUAAUUUUCCUUUGGUCGAUAUACCUCCCCAAACCAUCAGAGCAUUUUGAUAUCUGUCGACUGCUCUUUUAUCAGUAUAUCACGACUACAUGCUCCAUAAACACGGUCAUUUUGCUUGUUCAAAGUUGUCUUCAGAGUAAACAACUUUUCGUCCGAAAAAAUAAUGUUGUGACCUGCGUGUGCCUCCAGCAGCAACCGAAAUUUAGCAACCUUGUCGGCAAUAAUACGAGUUAAUCCGUGAAUUUUAAGCUUCUUGAAAGCUGAAUAUCCAAGGUCCUGUUUGAUAACAUGUUGCAUGAAAAUGUGGCUCAUGUUCAUUUCACACGCUUCACUUCGCUCUUUGAUGACUGCUGGAGCACGAACACUCCGUUUUUUUACCAGGUUUCUUCUUGGGAACAACCGUGUCUUUAUCCUUGAAACGCUUGAUGGUCAUGUAGACGAAUAGUCUGCUUAAACUCGGAUGUGACAGCUUCCUCCUGAUAUCGAUGUCAGUUAAUCCUUGCAGGUGCAAGUUAAUAAGGGUUUAUUUGUUCUCUAUUUGAAUCCAUUGCAAUUUUCUUGACAGCAGAACUGAAAAUUGACUGUGUUUAUUCCGAAUAAACAAUAAACAUGACACUCUUUCGAAACAUGCUCAGAUGUUUGACAUGUUGUGACAGAAAAUACAACGAGGGGCAUUCGAAUACGUGUAUCACUCCCAUGUUGCCACCCUGUAUGUGAUUUAUUUUCGAUUAAGGUGAAACGGUGUUGAAGCCACAAACGGCCGACUUCGAGAAGUAAUGGCUCGGAGUCGGCAUACCAUCAAGUUGGUCACAAGGUACUGGCCCAACAAGCCAGUCGUCAUAGGUUCGGCUCUCGGCUCGGAAGAGACUGUUAGUGUCAGUAGGAUCGUAGCGCUAGCCUCGCAAUUGUCCUGUACAUUAAACAGCAGUGAAGCCUGUGUAUAAUAAACAAAAGGUCGAGUUCGGAAUCGGAAUGUAGCACCAGCGCUUUGCUUUUUUGGCUCGAAGUCGGCCAUUUGUGGCUUCAACACCGUUUCGCCUCAACUGAGAACUGAUGAGAUCGUUCGGUUUAGGAGGCUUGUGCAAACAGUUCUCCUUCGUAUACUUCCGGGGAUCAAUUUGAUCGUUGUUUGAUCAUCAAAGUUACUACAUUUUUUAUUUAUUUCUUUCUAUUGCUUAGUUUUUAACCGAGGAUCUUUUUUUCAUCGUUUUUCAAUCUUAAGAAAAUUAAAGCACGCUAUAAAUACGAGAUAAAGGCGAAACAGUUGUUUUUAGGUGCAGUCGAAAUCGUGAAAUUUUAAAACACUCACAUUUAAUAAGAUUGUGAACCCUGUUCAAAUUGAAUUUUUCGAUUGCCGUUCUUGGUUUGGUUGAAACGUUCGUUAAACUAAUGAUUGUGGAAAUCAGUCUUUUCCAUGGCUUUUUAUUUUAUGAAAAGUGUUUGAUGAAUAUGAUUUCAACCCACUGUGCUUGAGUAGUAGUUAUGAUGUUCAUCAAAAGCUGCUACCACAGACUAACAAACGUUCCUAUCGAAUGACAGACAUCGCGCGACAACACCGACUAGGGUGCUGUCAUGCAAUCUCAUGCAUAUUUUAUGGUUCUCAAUUUGACAUAUGCACGUACGCUAGCGCUGAUGUCGACAUACAAGACGUAGCGCAAACACGGCAGCAGAUGGUACUAGUGUUAUUAACGUAAAUUACUGGUAUCAUCCGAAAGAUUAGUUUAUUAAAAAUUUGAUCAAAGUGUUAUGUUUGUUAUUUUGUGCUGCUGCUAUGCAUAAAAACAGUGGUAUUAUAUACGAAAUUCAAUUCUCUCCUGCAUCCUGUUCCACAGACUAAGGCCGUUACUGGAAAUUUUUGUUGGCGAAAACCAAUGUGGUUUUCGAAGCCGCUUCACUACGGACCAAAUAUUCAUCUUGCGCCAAAUCCUUGAAUAUUUUCGAGAAUGCAACUUACAGACUCGCCAUCUGUUCAUAAACUUCAAGGCAGCUUAUGAUUCAUUAAGUCAAACUUAAUGUUCAAUACCGUAUUGGAAGGUGCUAUACGGAGGGCUGGCGUGCAGGGAAAUGGCACCGACAUCAUUGGUACUUAGCGUAGAACGGAGGAAGAGGUCUUUGAACCUAUCAAGAGGAAAGCUGUCAUAAACUCUGCCUCAACGAAGUGCAUGGUGGCUGGUAGAGAGCGUAGUGGCCCGUCAAAUGCUGGUGCUGGUGGUGAUGGAUGAGAAUUCAUUUGAACUAGUCGACGAAUUCAUUUACCUGAGAAAUUGAUGGAGUGCGGCAAUAAUAUUUACUCUCAGAUAUUAACCUUAAGAUAAAGAGGCUAAUAGCGGCCGCACACAGGGUCUUCUACAGAUUUCGUAAUCAACCGAAAUACGUUCGUAACUGCGGACGGAUUAAGAGGGUAUUCGAUUUUUUGGUAAUAGAAAUAGAUGGAAACAUAACCUAUUCUCAAUAUUCAUAUUCCACGAGAAACUGAAAAAAAUACGACAGGCUUCAGUGAGCUGGGCAUGAACAGAGUCCGGUAAUUGAAGUGCUACAAUAAAAAAUAAAAAAGUAAAACUCAAAAUAAAACAACAUUCAACUUGACCUUGAGCCCGGAAUACAACCUCUCACAGCAGACGCUCUUGUGGUAUUUUAUCUCAGACUACAGCCAGGUGCCGCUUCAGAACUUCUAAACCUACAUGUUUUUUAGAGCAGACUUCUGCCUUUAACAUACCCCAGACGGUAAAGUUCAUAGAAUUUAAGAGUACUCGUCGGUCAUUUGGAAUGUACCCUGGAAAAAGGACCGCAAUCCAGAGUUGGGUUCUCUUCGCUUUGAUGGUUACAAAAGUAACGCACAUCCACUGACGACUAAAACACAAUGUAAAUAAAGCGAUGAGGGGUCGUCCAAUGCAAUCCUCGUGUGCAACGUAAUAAUGAUUGUUGAAAUAAUGUAUCAGUUCAUUUACCGGACCCUGUAGCUAGAAUACCGAAGGAGAGACCAGCCAGGGUUAUAUUUAGCAGGCGUCCCGAUAGAGGCUGCCUCUUGGUAAGACCUUGCACCCGUUAGAUGUGUGCUGUUCACGAGGAUUUGUUUACUAUAAUAUGUUUACUUUAAUUUAUCCGACAAAAGUCGAACAGAGAUUAAAGUCAAGUCCUCACCUUCGAUACCCACGGAGUAUUAGGAGUGACUGGGGAAUAGCAACCCAAGACCGAUUGUCAAUGGCACGUAUUCUGUAUUCGGUAUUGGAUCGAUAAUCGGUCUGUCGCCAUACAUAAAAAUUGAAGUAAAAUAUUGGAAUCCUUCUCCCAGAUGGUCUCAAGGUACGAUGUCGGCCUUACAAGCCUGUCGUAGGCCCCGCAAUUGUCCUGUACACUAAACAGUCGGCUGCGAAGUCUGUGUAUAAAAAAACAGAAGGUAAAAUUCCGAAUCGGAAUGUAGCACUAUUGCUUUUUAUUGGUAUCGUUCUCGUUAUAUCUGGCGGUGGUACCGAAACGUUCCUCCCGAAGGGCUUUCUGAACUAUAGUCACUGUAUAUUUUACUAGUCUGGCGGUCAAUGGAGAUUCUAAACGACUGAUUCUCGUUAUAACAGUUUAAAUUGGUUUUCGAAUGCUCUCCGCCAAACUGUAAACUGUAUAGGGACUGUACUCCGAAUGUACUUUUACUGUCUUAACAAAAGUGUCCACCUUAGAUGCCUACUAUAUACCUCAUGCGUGCUUUUAUAUUCUUACUUCAUGUCUAGUGACCCUAUGCCCUAGUUCCCAAAAAUUACAUUAUGCGAAUGGAGUGGAGACAACCACAAAACAUCAGAAUGGUCCAAAUUCUGCAAAAAAGUGAAGAUAUUAUAAUAAUUUAAAAGCAGUGCAAUAUUUACUUUUUCGCUUACUUUUUUGUUUGCUGCUUGCAUCUCAACAACAUGCAACUGCUAAACAACAUCUAGGUAAUUAAACGCACAUACGCCUGCUGUUAAAAAAAAACAGUACAUUUCCUAAUAUAUUUGGAAAUUUGAUUUGCGGUUGUAUUCGAACACAUUGUUAUCUCCAUAUUCAUUUCCCGCUUAAAUCUUUGUUGUAGACAUAUUCAAAUGUGGCAAAUUCGACAGUAGAGAUGGAUAAAUAUAUUAAGGUGCAAAACUGUUGAUGACACAUCCUGAAAUCAUACGUUGCCGCAUCAAAUUUCACGAUAGACAGCUAACACUGUAAUAAUCUGCUAUAGAAUUUAAGUAGUGUGUAAGUUACUCAUUAUAUCUAGUAAAUAUUUGCUCCUGUUGAUGUUUGUGUUGUUUUAUUUUCACCUUUGGUCGUUGUUCCUGUGCACUACAUUUUAUUCAUUUUGUUGGUUUUCCUCUGAUUUUUGUUUUGUUUUUUUCUAGUCUCCGGUUCCUGAUUUUGACAAGAACUUAUACUAUUAAGUCAAAACUUUGCGAUUAGGACAAACUAAAGAUGCCAAUACAAAUAGAAACCUAUGUUUAAAAGUGUGAGCAGUAGUUCAAACUUGGUCCUGUUAAUUAGUUAUAAGUUUUGUAUCUUUUAUGGGCAAUGGUAACACACAUACUCGAAAAACUUUGUAGCUGUUGCACCGAUAACUUCAUCUUAGAUGUAAUCAUUUUUUCGCCACACAUUUUUGAGUUAACUAGCUUUCCAGCGACCAUUGAAAACCUUGUAGAUGGUAUUAUAUGAGAUGACGGAUAUCCUUUAUUUGAAAACAGAAAAAAGGUGACAAUUUAUUCAACUUUAUUGAUUGCUUUUUGUUAACAUUAUCGUUAUAAUUGGACAGAAUUUGUUCAUACCGAGAGUGUUUUCUAGUCGAUAGAUCAGAUUAGAACAAAUACAGAAGCAGUUUAGCGAAUGCGUUGGACGAUUUCCUUUCUUAUUAAUGAUUGUAUUUCAUAAAUAUGAUUGUAUUGAAGGCAAAUUAGUUAGUGUUACACACAACAAACGCAAUCAACACAUAUUGUUCACGAUUGAGCGGCCAAGGGAAGCUGCGAUGAAAAGAUAUAUUUAUAUUUAUCUUUGUAAAGGCGUAGGACCAUGUAACCGCAAUUGCUUGAUGGUGAGCUCGAAAAUUGAUCGAAAUGACAACCAAAUAGCUAACAUACUGAAUGAAGUGUACCAAUAUAAUACUACAAAACUACUAAAAUUGUACUAUUUAUGAUUACUUAGUCUUCUAGAAUGAAUGAGAAAUAAAGUGCAAAACAUUAUGACAAAUUCA